GGGUGUAACCCGGAAGCGAUUUCUCAUUACGUCAGGCAACAUGUUCCUUGGUCGUGUAUGUCAGUAAGCCAGAUUGCAUGAAUUCACUUGCGUACUUUGCUGCUAAAUUCAUUAAAUUUAGACUUGCUCACAGUUCAGCAGCGGCUCAGAGGCUCGGAGCAGAGAUGUGUAAGGACCCCAAGACCAAAUUGUUGCGUUUGCUGCUGCCGCUUUCCAACGGGCCGUCCAUUGAUCAGGGAGUCCAAACAGAUGACACUGACAUCCUGAACUGCACUGUGAAUGCUCUGAAAGAUGGUCACAUUGUUGCUGUGCCCACGGACACCAUCUAUGGUCUGGCAUGUCUGGCCCAAAACUCUGAGGCAGUCAAAAAGAUAUAUGACAUUAAAGGAAGAAACGGAAACAAGCCACUGGCAAUUUGUGUUGGAGAAAUUCGGGACAUCCAUAAGUACUGUAAGGUGAAGGUGGUGGAGGAGCUGUUGCAUGACCUGCUGCCUGGUCCUGUCACCCUGGUGUUUGAAAGAUCUGAAGUGCUCAACACAGAUCUUAACCCUUUUACUUCACUUGUAGGCGUACGCAUUCCGGAUCACGCCUUUAUGAGGCGCCUUUGCCAGAUGUGUGAUGAACCACUUGCUCUCACCAGCGCCAACAUCAGCUCACAAACAAGCACAGUGGAAGUACAUGAGUUUCAGGAGCUCUGGUCCAAACUAGCCGUAGUUGUGGAUGGUGGACCAAUAGGGGACCAAAGCCGCCUUGGGUCCACAGUAGUCGACUUGUCAGUACUCGGCAAAUACCACAUCAUCAGACCUGGCUGUGCCCUUUCUUCCACGCUUGAUGUGCUGGAGCACAAAUAUGGACUGUCAGAGGAUUCGGGGAAAGAAUGACCUUUAAACUUUCCACACUCCAAAACACUCGCUGAGAUGCACAACCAGCUUUGACCCAGGAAUGCUUAGGAAAGCACCAAACUGUGGAUUUGGACAUUUUCUGGGAAAACCCAGAACUCAGGAAGAGAGCAAGUUUUAAACAGCAGUCCGCAUCUGCUUUAAGGUCUGGGGUUUCUUUUUUUUUAUGAUCAUAAAUGAUGAUGUGAAAAUGAGUAAGCACUCAUUUUAUGGUCUGAAUGGUUAUUUUUGUUACGUUAAGGCAGGGACUUCCAAGUCCAGUCCUUAGGGGACACUCUCCUGCAGGUUUGUGUAAUUGCCUGGUCCAGCGCACCUGAUUGAAACAAAAUUGACCCAACAGCUUGUUAACUUAUGCGCAAUGAUUGUUAGUUUAAGUCAGGUGUGUUGAAGUGUGGAAACAUCUAAAACCUGCAGGAAGGUGGUCCAUGACGACCAGAUUUUGAGAUCCCUGCGUUAAGGGAUGGAAGUUAUUUAAAUUAUGACUUUUUCCCCCAUAUAUUUAUUUUAUGUUUUAUGACAAUAUGAGGCUUGCAGUACAAUCUUAAGAAAUAUUAAUAACAUAUAAAUUGACAUCUCAUAAACAAUAUAAGUUAGAAAAAAAUAUAAACUGCAUGACUGCUUACCUGGAGUUAUUUUUCAUGUGAAGUGCCUGAUGUAAGCCUGUUUGGUGGAUUAUACAUUGUCUGUAAAGCCUGAAUAAAAGGUCCUUUU